UCGCCAUCUCUUUUCCUCUGACAUUCUACCUCUGCCUCUGCAAACUCAUCCCAUGAAUUUACCAUAAAAACUACUCCGACACACCUCUUUCCCAUCUUGUCCUCACUCUUCUAUUGAAAUUCCUCAUCCUUUCGUCUUCUUUUGUCUCAUCAAACUUUUGUAGUCAGACCCACCAAAAGAUUAAAUUGUUUUCCCCAGUCAAUCUCUCUCUCUCUCUCUCUCUCUCUAUAUAUAUAUAUAUAUAACACCCAGAGAAACAAAACAUCUUGGCUUCUCUCUUUCAUGGGUUGUUGUUUCUAAGUUAAUUAGUUAGGUAUUGGGAGAUAUUUGUUGAGUUGCAUACCUUAAAGAUGCCUGGAUUGGUUAUGGAUGAGAUUCAUGAGGAGGGCGUAGUGAAUGAAUUGAACGGAAACGGAAACGGAAAUUCUACACCUCUUAAGGAGAAUUCAGUUGCAAAUAAGUCUCCAACGAACAGUUUGAGUCCCAAAAGUCCCCAGACUGCAGGCAUUGGAUGCCCAAUUGAUGGAGUAGUUGACACCUCGAUUGAACAGCUUUAUGAUAAUGUGUGUGAAAUGCAGAGUUCUGAUCAAUCACCAUCAAAGCGUAGCUUUGGAUCUGAUGGGGAAGAGUCUAGGAUUGAUUCAGAGUUGCGUCAUCUUGUGGGAGGAGAGAUGAAGGAAGUGGAGAUAAUGGAAGCGGAUGAAGAGGUACGAAAGUUGGAGGAUCAUGAGAAUCGUAGUGAUUCUGGUUCUAAGAAGGAAAGCAUGUCGACAAGUAAGAAGUCGGGGAAGUUGGAUAACACCCAGUCGACAAGUACAAAAUCUCUUUCUCCAACGCAAUCAAAGAAAGCUUCUCACUUGCAGCUGGAAUCAGAAGCAUCAUCAAAGUCAAGUCCUAAGGGAAGAAGUCCCCAAGAGAAGCCUCCUUUAGAUAAGCAGAAUGAGAAGAAUUUGAGAAAAUCAAUUUCAGGAGGCAUCUCCGUGAAGAAACAAAGGAAUUCUCCUUUAGGAAAGUUACAGAAUGGGACUGAGGAUGCAUCUGAAUCAGGUCUAGACAACCCAGACCUUGGACCAUUUCUGCUUAAGCAGGCACGGGAUUUGAUUUCUUCAGGGGAUAAUCCCCAAAAAGCUCUUGAAUUAGCUCUACGAGCUGCCAAGUCAUUUGAGAAAUGUGCUAAUGGAAAUCCCAAUCUCGAUGUUGUGAUGUGCUUGCAUGUUACAGCAGCUAUAUACUGUAACCUAGGCCAGUAUAGUGAGGCCAUUCCAGUACUUGAGCAUUCCCUUGAGAUUCCUGUGAUUGAUCAAGGCCAAGAUCAUGCCCUUGCUAAGUUUGCUGGUUAUAUGCAGUUGGGAGAUACUUAUGCCAUGUUAGGUCAACUUGAAAAUUCUUUACUCUGUUACGGAACAGGUUUGGAAGUCCAGAAAGGAGUUUUGGGAGAUACAGAUCCAAGAGUUGGUGAGACUUGCAGGUAUUUAGCUGAAGCUUAUGUUCAAGCAUUGCAAUUUGACGAGGCUGAGAAGCUUUGUCAGCUGGCUCUUGACAUCCAUAGAGAGAAUGGUUCUCCUGCUUCCCUCGAAGAGGCUGCAGAUAGGAGGCUCAUGGGUCUUAUAUGUGAAACAAAGGGAGACCACGAAGCUGCCCUUGAGCAUUUUGUUUUGGCUAGCAUGGCCAUGGUGGCAAAUGGGCAGGAAGCAGAGGUUGCAUCUGUUGAUUUAAGCAUUGGAGACACCUAUUUAUCUUUGGCUCGGUAUGAUGAGGCUGUUUUUGCCUAUCAAAAGGCACUAACAUCCUUCAAGUCCACCAAAGGGGAAAAUCACCCUGCUAUUGCUUCUGUUUUUGUCCGUUUGGCUGACUUGUAUAACAAGACAGGUAAAUUUAGGGAAUCAAAAUCCUACUGUGAGAAUGCCCUUCGAAUCUAUGGAAAGCCCAUUCCUGGGAUCCCCCCUGAGGAGAUUGCUAGUGGUUUCACUGAUGUUUCUGCAAUUUAUGAGUCCAUGAAUGAGUCUGAACAGGCGCUAAAGUUGCUGCAGAAGGCACUGAAGAUAUACAAUGAUGCCCCUGGUCAGCAAAGCACCAUUGCAGGUAUUGAGGCCCAGAUGGGAGUCAUGUACUAUAUGUUAGGGAAUUACUCUGAAUCUUACAGCUGCUUCCAGAAUGCCAUUUCAAAGCUUCGUGCUUGUGGAGAGAAGAAAUCUGCAUUCUUUGGUAUUGCCCUUAACCAAAUGGGGCUUGCAUGCGUGCAGCGUUACGCAAUAAAUGAGGCUGCAGAACUGUUUGAAGAGGCUAAGAGUAUUCUGGAACAGGAGUAUGGACCACAUCACCCAGACACGCUAGGGGUGUACAGCAAUCUUGCUGGUGCUUAUGAUGCUGUAGGCAGGUUGGAUGAUGCAAUUCAAAUCUUGGAAUAUGUUGUUGGGAUGAGAGAGGAAAAACUUGGGACAGCAAAUCCAGAUGUGGAUGAUGAAAAGAAGAGGUUAUCUGAGUUAUUAAAGGAGGCAGGCAGGGUUCGAAGUAGAAAAUCCAGAUCACUGGAGAAUCUCCUUGAUGCCAACCAUCAUACCACUAACAAAGAUGGCAUUAAGGUAUGAUAAUGAUGUUUAUACGCUUGGGGAUGAUGUAUUAUAUGGCAUAUUUAUUGAAGUAAAAGAAAAAAAGGAAGGAAAAAGUAUAGGUGGUGGUUGUAUUGAUUAGAUUGUUGGUGUGGGAGCUGAAUGAAGUGACUUCAUGGUCCAGUUCCAGUUAUGAUAUUGAAUUUGUAUUACUGUAUUGUUAAAGUUGUUCUUUCUGUAUUACAUUGUUAAAGUUAUUGGUGAUAUCAUUUGUAUAUUAUUAUCCCACAAGUUGAUGAUGUCUUUGCAUUAUGAUGACUUGAUUUCUCCAUA